AUGCCCCUGGGGGCACCGCCCCCCGCGACCGAGGCCGCGUGUCUCUGCGGUGCGCCUGCUGUUCGGUCUGCUUCGGUUCUGGUUGCGACAGAGCAGGGCGACCUGCUGGUCUUUGGCGGGGAGGCCGAUGUGCACCAGCACCGGGCUGGGCGUGGCUUGGGCGACGUGUGGACCCUGCGCCCGCCGUCGGGCGGCUGGGAGCCGCACUCGUGCCCGCAGGUGCGAUGGGCCGGGCCCUGGAAGUGCCACGCGACAGCUGGCGAGGCGGUCCCCACUGCACGCUCCAACCACGCGGCCGCCUCGUGCGGCGAGCACCUCUUCGUCUUCGGCGGGUGGUCGUCCGACGGGCGCCGCCCGCUCGCGCACCCGGAGCUGCUGCACCUGGGCACGCGGUGCUGGACGGAGUGUGCCACAACAAAUGCGCCGCCCCCGCCUCGCGGCAACCCGUCGCUCGUCUACUCGGCGCCUCGGCACCUGGCCGUUGUCUACGGCGGCUGGGACCUCCGCGAGCGGCUGGACGACGUCUGGUGCCUGGACAUGGAGAGCUGGACGUGGCACAGAGCGGCGCUGCGCGGCGGCCACGGGCGCGUCGAUGCCGACGACGACGAGGCGCCCUGCGCGCGCACCGACCACGCCGCGGUGCUGUGGCAGGAGGGCCCCCAGCGCGAGCACAUGCUCGUCUUCGGCGGCUCCACGGGCGAGGGCGCCAGCGACGAGCUGUGGUCGCUGGACUGCUCUGGCGGCGAGCCUGCGGAGUGGCGCUGGGCGGACAAACGGCGAGGAGCAGCGGCGGCCCGUGGCCGGCCCCGAGGACCUCGCACACGGCCAGCGUCGCCGGCUCCGGCGAGGGCGCGAGGCUGCUCGUAG